GGCGGGCGCUGCUGGCGCUCAGUCUGCCGCCAGCCGCGGGGCGUUAUGCGGCGGCGGGCGGCGGGUGCUGCUGUUGGUGCUGCUGGGUGGCGGCGCGCGGGAACAAUGGGCUCCUUCUCCUCAGCCCUCAGAGGGGCCGUGGCGUAAGGGACGAGGGAGAAGGACGGCGCGGCGCUUGGGGAGCACCAUGAGCUCCGCCGAAAUUAAGAAGCCACCAGUGGCCCCCAAACCAAAAUUUGUGGUAGGACACAAGGCAACGCCUCCACCUGUUGCACCGAAGCCCGAUGUUGUACUUUCUGGUGUUAUACAAGCAGCAAGGAAAACCAAGCCAGCAAUUGCACCGAAACCAAAGGUUCUCAAGAGCUCAUCCGUUCCGGAAGUUAAACCUCCGUCAUCUACACGAAAAAGCACAAAAAGCUUUGAGGAGCACAGGGGAGAUUCUUCUCAAACGCUAGACCACUUGAACUAUAAAAAUGAAGCCUUGGAAGGGAGUACUGGUAACACAGCAUAUAUUCUGCCAAUGUCAUCUUGCAAAUUUGAAUGCCUUCGUAAGCUUGGAAAUGGGGAGAACACCUGUAAAACGCAGAUCAUUUUUGAACACUUUGAAAACUUAGAGAACAUCAAAGUUGGUGAAAAAACCACGCUAGCUCUGGGGGACAGUCACAAUGAAAAACUGGCAAAUAGAAAUCAGGUGGUUUUGAAAGCCAGCAUUUUGGAAGAGAAACUUAAGGAUGUUCUAACUCAUAGUGUGUUUCCUAACAGCAGUCCUGUGAGGCACAGGUAUGCAGACAAACUUGACAAAGGGGAUGGCAGCAGUUCCAAGAACAACGUUAAAAUAGAGUUUAUGGAACUUGUACAGUCUUCGUCGUCUUCUGAGGUAGCUAAAGGGAAGCCACAAAGUACUGAUAAUAAGCUCACUGCUGAUGAGUUUCAGAUGUCUGAAAUUUGUCCUAGUUUGACUGAAAAUAACCACAGUUGCUCUUGCCCAUUGGACCAGGAAAUCCUUGAAAAUGAAAAUUUAAGUAGCAAUAGUACGUUUUUGGGUGAAAUAGGUAUGAAAUCAGAUCCUGAUAAAGCCUCCUCUGAAACAUCUUCAGUCCUGAGCUCAAAAGUGCUUCCUAUCCCUAAGCCAAGAAAGCCACGUGCUGCAUGUCUAGUCCGUCAGGAUGGCAUAGACACCACAGGAGAAGGAACAAAGGAACCAUCUAAUUCGGAGAAAGAUUCCUUCGGGCUUGUGGACCAAAGCUUUAAAAAGCCAGCAAAAAUUAAUAUCCUUGGUCAAAGUGUUUGUUAUAACAAUAAUACAGAAGUGCUUCAUCCUGAAAAAUGUGAGAUAACUCAAAGCAAUGUGGACAAAGUGCAUGAGGUGAAGGAACCUGCUACGGAAGAGUCAACUUCACAAAAUCUUUUGCCUCAGUUGUCACAUAAAACUUCUGAUUUGGUGGAAAGUGUUGAAUGUUCUUUAGAUGCAGACCAUAACUUAGUUAACUCCAUGGAUGAGAUGACAGAUGAUGCCAGUAUGCUAGAUGCUGUGGACAGAAGGACUAACUUUGUCAGGUGUGAUGCUUUGUCCAUGAGUUUGCCAAAGCAACUCAAAUUAACUAGCAGUCAGCACUCAUUUGCGUCCAAUAGCCUCCAUGUUUCCCCACAAAAAUUGGAAGAUAAAGAAGUUAAAAUAAAGGAUGAAAGUUCUCCAAAAAUCGUUCCUAAGAAACCACAGAGGCACAGCCUUCCAGCUGCUGGCCUGCUGAAAAAAGCUGCAUCAGCAGAGCUUGUGGAGAAAAGUUCUUACGCCUCCAGUGAGGACAAAACGAACAGCGUUCUGGAAGGAUCUCACUUCACGCAUCCACCAGCCAAGGAGCAAAGCACACUGUCAUCCUGUGACAUACCCAAACGUUCUUCUGAGAAACCUGUCUGGAAGUUACCUCAUCCUAUUCUUCCAUUUUCAGGAAAUUCUGAAUCAUUAAAAACUGCUAACGUUGCUACUGGCUUCAACCACUUGACUGUUGUGACGAAGCCUAGGGCCAAAUCUCUCUCUUCUGUGGACAUGGAAAGGACAGACAAGCCUUGCAAAGACCAUCAGAAGAAGAAUAGUUUGAAAAAGUUUCUUAACAUGAAACUGUCUGUUUGCUUAAUGAAAAGUGACUUCCAAAAAUUCCUUUCUAAAGGCAGCCAGUCAAUGGAUAGUGCUAUUGCCAACCUUUCCACCGGAGAUGGGUGUGGAAAUGGUAGCAACCGGAAUAUAGCAUCUGUAGGCAGUGAAAGGAAAACUAAAUCUGCCAAGGUGCAUUCCAUAGAAAUAAGUAGUCCGGCAUUACAGAAGAAGAGGCAGAGAAAUAGAAGUCAACCUGAGAUGCGAAAUAACCAAAGGCUGGAGUCUUUAGACGGGCAUGUACUUUUGGGAGAGAAUUUGUCGCAAAUGCAUUUCAAUUCUCUAACUAGCAGUUGUGCUCCAGAGUACGAAAAUGUGCGUCACUAUGAGGAAAUACCCGAGUAUGAGAACUUGCCUUUUGCUAUGGGUGCUGGGAGAAAUCUCUGUUUUGAAUGGCAGAACUCCAGCAGCGUGGAAGACCAGAGCCCUGGCUUCUAUGAGGUUGAGGACCCUUGUGAAGCUACAAGCAGGCGCUUGAGACUUGCCAGGUCCUUAGAAGAACACCAUGAUCAUCCUAAUGUGGUAAUGGGAGAUCUUCAGUCAGAUGAAGAAGAUAUAAUGAACAGUUCUGAUGAAGAUGAUGACACAAAUUCUGAUUCCAGCAAAGGGGAGCCUGAUCCUCAAGAAGAUAAACAGAGUAAGGCAGCUGGAAAGAAAACAAAGGUUUACCAUAUUGCCAAGGAGAUCAUGAGCUCAGAGAAAGUGUUUGUGGAUGUGCUAAAGCUCUUACACAUUGAUUUCCGGGACGCUGUGGCACAUGCCUCUAGGCAGCUUGGAAAGCCAGUGAUUGAGGACAGAAUCCUGAACCAGAUCCUGUACUACCUACCUCAGCUGUACGAACUCAAUCGGGACCUCCUGAGGGAACUGGAAGAGCGGUUAUCUCACUGGCUCGAACAUCAAAGAAUUGCUGACAUAUUUGUAAAAAAAGGUCCCUACUUAAAGAUGUAUUCAACUUACAUCAAGGAAUUUGAUAAAAAUGUUGCACUAUUAGAUGAACAGUGUAAGAAGAAUGCAGGUUUUGCUUCGGUCGUCAAAGACUUUGAGAUGAGCCCCCGCUGCGCUAGUCUGGCCCUCAAGCACUAUCUGCUCAAGCCAGUUCAGAGGAUUCCCCAGUACAGGCUCCUGUUGACAGAUUAUUUAAAGAAUCUUUUAGAAGAAUCUGCAGACUAUAGAGAUACUCAAGAUGCUCUAGCUGUUGUCAUAGAAGUUGCAAACCAUGCCAAUGACAUCAUGAAGCAGGGAGAUAACUUUCAGAAACUCAUGCAGAUUCAGUACAGUUUAAAUGGACACCAUGAGAUUGUACAGCCAGGAAGGGUCUUUCUCAAAGAGGGAACACUGAUGAAGCUGUCCCGGAAGGUCAUGCAGCCACGAAUGUUUUUUCUGUUCAAUGAUGCCCUGUUGUAUACUACUCCAGUUCAGUCAGGGAUGUAUAAACUCAACAACAUGCUGUCGUUGGCUGGAAUGAAGGUUAAAAAGCCAACCCAGGAAGCAUAUCAGAAUGAACUGAACAUUGAAAGCGUAGAGAGAUCCUUCAUUCUUUCAGCAAGUUCUGCUACAGAAAGAGAUGAGUGGUUAGAAGCUAUCUCCAAGUCAAUUGAAGAAUAUACAAAAAAGAGAAUCACAUUUAAUCCUAGCAAAAGUCUUGAAGAGGCAGAUCCAGAGAAACAGGAAGAAGAUAGUCCACUGGGAUCAAAGGCUCCGAUCUGGAUCCCUGAUACUAGAGCCACUAUGUGUAUGAUCUGUACAAGUGAAUUCACCUUGACAUGGAGAAGGCAUCACUGCAGGGCAUGCGGAAAGAUUGUGUGUCAAGCUUGUUCAUCAAAUAAACAUGGUUUAGACUAUAUGAAAAACCAGCCAGCAAGAGUAUGUGAUCAUUGCUUCAGGGAGCUACAGAAACAAGAUAACCAGUGCACUCCUAAGAGUGGAUCCCCAGUCAACCAUAAAUCUCCAUCAAGUGCCUUGUCUACAGUAUUACAUAGUAUUCCCUCUGGAAGAAAGCAGAAAAAAAUUCCUGCAGCCCUCAAAGAAGUUUCAGCAAAUACAGAAGACUCUACAAUGAGUGGCUACCUACACAGAUCUAAGGGCAGUAAGAAACCAUGGAAACACCUAUGGUUUGUUAUCAAAAAUAAGGUGCUAUACACAUAUGCUGCUAGUGAGGAUGUGGCAGCAUUAGAGAGCCAGCCUUUACUUGGAUUCACAGUCAGUGAAGUAAAAGAUGAAAACUCAGAGUCUAGAGUGUUCCAUUUACUGCACAAAAACACUUUAUUUUACAUUUUCAAAGCAGAUGAUCCCCAUUCAGCUCAAAAGUGGAUAGAAGCUUUUCAAGAAGGCACCAUAUUAUAGCAGUGUCAGCAUCAUGUCUGCAAGUUUAAAGGAAAAUGUCCAAUGAUGGUGGUAAAACAGAGUACAGCAGCUGUUCAAAGAAACGGAAUCGUGCCGUCUCAACCUACACAAAAUUGUAUAUUUGUCAGGAUUAGGAGUUGUUGCAUUUUUAGUGUAAGGUAAUAUUUUUUUAAAGAAUUGUGUGUAUUUCUGUGUUGAUACAAAAUGUGUUAUUUAUUAAAUUCCAGUGUUUACUUUAAUGGUCAGAAUUAUUUGUGAGGUCUGCAGUGAGGUCCAAAGUGCCCACAUCUUCAGAAUGGCAGGUGGUUGGUCAACAUAUUCGUAAAGUUUGUGGUUUUUUUAAAAAAAAAACAAAACAAAUCUGUUGCAAUUGUACAGUUCCUCAUGAUUUGUGUAUAGGUCUUGAGUUGCAGAUGCUUACUGUGCAAUUUAGCAAGAACAGAUCAGAAUAGGAAUUUCAAAGGGUUUGGAUCUUUGUUGGCUAUGUAAACUCCUUUGAGUUGUUGUAUAAUAUUGCUGCUCCUUUCCUUGAAUGGCAGUUGAAAUUUUGCAUACCAGUACAUUAAAACAGUACAACAAAUUCUGUAUCACAGAAGCAAUUGCAAAGUACAGUUCAAUUAUUUAAAAAAAGGGAAAAAUAUUUUAAAACAGACUUUGCAAUUACAGAGAUAAGGCACUAGAGUUUUUACAGUACUACAGAUGCCAAAGAGACUAAAUGAGUUAUUUUCGAACAAUUGCAGGAUAUAUUUUCUUUUAUGUUACCAGUAGUAAUUUAAAGCAGAGUAAACAAAAAAAAUUGAUAUACAGGGAAAAGACAAAAUAUCUUAUUUGUUUCAAAACUUUGUGUCAAAUGAGUUCUGUACAACGUAUGAUACACUGUAUAAACUAUUGUUCAGAGAACAUUAAACAAAUAUAUGCACCCCCCUCUCCUAAAAUUUUAAACUAUUGUAUAUUUAAAUAUUAUGUUUAAACUGGAAUUGCCAUACUAAGAAAACCCAGCUUUUUUAGUGCAGAUGGCAUUAAAAUGUGUACCAGUCUUUGAAAUACCUUUUGUUUACACUAUGAUUUGUUCUGUUUGAUACUUUAAAACACAAUGCAGUUCUGGGUGUUUGGGGUUUGGGGUUUUUUUGUCUUUUAAGAAAAUUGUUGGUAUACCUCAUUAGGAAAUACUGAUGAUUCUGGUGCAUUUAUUCUAUUUAACUUUUGAACAUUUUUUAACACUGUAAUAGCAUAAAUGGAACUAGAACUAUGAAAAACACAUGAAAGGAAGCCAUUUUUAUGUCAAAUGCGAUGCAUAUGUAGCCAGUUAAUUUUACUGUAUGAAAUGCUUCUCAGUAGUCCUCUGAAUCAAGUUAGUUGUGGUAACAGAAUCAAGAGCAAUUCACUUUUAAUUAAUAGUUUGAAUCCAUGUUAACAGCUAUUCCGUGGCCUCACAAUGGAAAGAGAAUAGGUGGUAGAAUAGUUAGUAGUCAUCACAGAAAGGCCAAGAAUGAAAAUGCAAACCAAAAUCCUCUUACUCCCUCAAAUACCUCAAGAUCAGGUCUAAGAUACUAACAUAGCUCUGAAGAAGCUUGAUUUUCCAGAGCUUCUGUUAAGUUAGUAGUGGGCUUGGAAGCCUAAUGCUUAAUAUUAAGUAUACAAGUAAUUUCAUUGACUUCAAGCAUUUCAGUAGAGUACCUUUCUGAAUCAGAGACUUACAGCUGUAGAUCUGGCUUCCCUCAUGAAUGCUAGAGAUUUGACCAGAUAGUGUUUGAAGUUCAGUGGGAGUCUGAUCAAAGCCUUUAUUCUCUUUAAUACAAACUUGAUAAAUUAAUAUUUUUCUCUUAUUAUAUAUAAAGGGCUUUUACCUGAUUUUCAAAACCAGCUGCUGACUGAAGCCACGUAAGCUAUUAGCUUCUCUUUUCAGGGUGAUUUCUGAGACGGUUUUUACUGUAUCCAAAACAAAACUGAUACCAACGUAACAUAGAUGUGAUGCAGCUCUUCCAGUUGAUAUUAUCAAAGGGAAGAGCUGAAUAUUUUAUAGGGACUGCACACCAACUAAGAUGGAAAGCCAUGAACCAGCAAAUGAAUCAGAAAUUUGGCUAGGAGCUAGCUAAUUUAAUUUCAAUUUAUUGUUUGAUAUUGAUCUCCCUGCUGCAAAACAGAGCAAUAAAAGUCAAAACACAUACUGAAUAAGAUGCCCAAGUUCUGCCUCGUGUGUGGCGUCAAACUACCUCUCAAGGAUUUGGUGCAGAGUGAGAAAAUAGUUUAAAGUAUACUGUAAAAAUCAGAGGACUUCUUUCAGAAGCAGUUGGUCAAUCAAAAAAUCUUUCUGUGACAGAAAUAAAUUGGAACGGAGCCUUAAAAACAAUAGUACACAUAUUGCAGUCUAAUUCUGUGUGAAAUAAAUUCUUGUAAACAUGUUUGAGUAUUUCUUUUCCUCUUUCUCCAGCACUAGUGCUUUGUGUCAUACGAAGAACCCACAACAUAGGCAUUUUCAUAACGUUUUCAGAUGGUUGCUUUUCAGAGUUACCCUAUUUCUCCAGCUCGCCUCCCGUUUUGAUUCAUUACCAUCAAAAGUAAAGUAUUCACUUCCUGAUUUGACUAAACACUAAAACAAGACCAGAAGUCUUUAAACACCUGGCUACCUCUUCUUAGAAGAAUCUAUAGUUAAUAAUUAAUUUAAGAUUGGUGAGUAGAGUAUGAGACAAACAUUAGCAUUGAAUAUUAGUUCUAGCAUCUUUAUUCUUGGAUAAAUGAAAUGUUCUAGGAUCCUGAAUUCUCUUUAACUUAAAACUAUUUUUUGUGCCCAAAGGACUUAAAACAAAUGGAUAGCUGAGCAGCUAUAGAAUGCGUUUUACUAAAUAUUUUUUGUGUGUGGAAACUUGAUUACUCGGUUAUGUGUAUUACAUCAUAACAUAAAGAGAUGUUUGGAAAGACAUUCAAUGCAUUUGUUUGCCAUAACUGCUGUCCCCUGGAUUUACCAUCCAAAUAGGCUUUUAUGUGGAGCAGUCCUAAAUUGUACUGUCUAAAUGAAAGAAUAGAAUCUUUAUUUUGUAAAUGAAAACAGUUUAAAGUUGUUGUAAAUAUUCCUGUGGAUAUGUAUCAUUUUUGUAUAAAUAAAUUCACAUUAGUUGA